CGCCGACAAAGCAACAAACAACCAACUGUUUGCUCAGUCGGCCGUCAACCAGCUGGAAAGCAUAGCGGGUCUAUUUCCAAGCACUCCCCACUAUCAUUUUAUCUUUUUCCGCCGUCUGCGCAAUCCACAAGGGAUACACCAUCCCACUCUCGAGAGUUCUCACCGCCGACACCAUGUCUUCAACGGAGGCAACCCCGGCCGCCGCACCUCCCAAGGGGCCGGAGACUUCAAAAGCACCGGAGGAGCAGAGUCUGGCAACGGCCCAAGUCGACGGCGCUGCUCCGACACAAAAUGGAUCCGCAUUGCAAGAGCCCGAGGCGGACGUUGAGGUGACGCUCGCGGACAUGCAGCAGGAUCCUAACAACCCUCUCUUCUCCGCCAAAUCUUUCGAAGAGUUGAAUCUGAAAGAAGAACUACUCAAAGGCAUCAAGAACAUGGGUUUCCGGAAACCGUCCAAGAUCCAAGAGAAGGCGCUUCCUCUCCUCCUCAUGAAUCCCCCCACGAACAUGAUUGCGCAAUCACAGUCAGGAACCGGCAAGACCGCAGCGUUCUCGCUCAACAUCCUUUCGCGCAUCGACCUGAGCAUCCUGGCUCCUCAAGCUUUCGUGCUUGCACCUAGCCGCGAGCUUGCGCGACAGAUUCUGGGAGUCAUAACACACAUGGGACAGUUCAUGGAAGGCCUGGUUACCAUGGCCGCCAUUCCCGAUACCACCAAGCGCAACCAGAAGUACGACGCACAUGUGCUCGUCGGCACACCGGGCACGGCAAUGGAUUCGAUUCGCCGCAGGGCCAUUGACACCAAGCACAUGAAGAUUCUCGUUCUGGAUGAGGCCGACAACAUGCUCGACCAGCAGGGUCUCGGCGAACAAUGCACCCGCGUGAAAUCAAUGCUUCCUCGUAACAUCCAGACGGUUCUCUUCUCUGCGACCUUCCCCGUCCAUGUCAUCGAGUAUGCUCGGAUGUUCGCACCGAGCGCCAACGUCUUGACUUUGAAACACGAAGAGCUUACCAUUGAGGGUAUCAAGCAGCUCUACAUAGACAUCGACAAGGAUACGGACAAGUAUGCGACUUUGCUCAAGUUCUACGGACUGAUGGAGCAAGCUUCCUCAAUCAUCUUUGUGCGGACUCGUCAAACUGCCGAACAACUCGAGAAGCGAAUGGUCGCAGAAGGCCACAAGGUCGCCCAACUCAGCGGCGCCCUAGACGGAGCGGAGCGUGACAGGAUCAUCGACCAGUUCCGCAGCGGCCAAGCGAAGGUGCUCAUCACCACCAACGUGCUUGCCCGCGGUAUCGACGUGCAAACGGUGACCAUGGUCAUCAACUACGAUGUCCCGACCAUGGCCAACGGCCGCGAUGCCGAUCCCGAGACGUACCUGCACCGCAUCGGGCGCACGGGUCGAUUCGGGCGUGUGGGUGUGGCGCUGACGUUUGUGCACGAUCAGCAGAGCUGGAAGCAGCUCAACGAUAUUGCGCAGUACUUCAAGACGGAGCUGGAGCCUGUGGAUACGAAUGACUGGGAUGCGGUCGAGGAGCUGAUCAAGGGCAUCAUUACGAGCGCGAGGGCGGGCAAGUCGACGGAGGAGAUGGCGAGGAUGCAUCAUUAAUAGAUGGAGGGAUGGGGAGCAACUGGUUCCGUUUGGAGAGGUGAAUGGUUGGAAGAAGAUGUAUGGCGAGGAAGUGGCGUCUGCAAAAGUGUGCAUGUCCUGACUGUAUUGGGUUCAUAUGAGGAGGUGGUUUGAGACGGCAAUGCAGAACAUGGCAGCGAAUACAUUCGAGAUACCCUGGCUCAUGUCGAGUGUUCUGUGACUUGUAUCUCUGCAGAGCGUGCCG